AUGAGGGAUAUCCCACCUGUGAACGCUGUUCCUAAUUUCGAAGCACAUUCUCUGCAAGAACCCUAUAACAACAACUCAAUGUUUUACGGGCAUCCACAGUACCAUCACCAAGAUGCUUCAAAUCUUGGUCCUGACAUGUCGGGCGCGCCGAAUUACUAUCUCCCUUAUCCGGCUUUUCAAGCUCCACCGAGCCAGCUUUUACCUCACGGAGUUUCGUUCGCUGAACAGGAGAGGAUUGCUCAUUUUAUGAUGGGUCACGGUUACAAAAGAAAGAGUGCUGAAGUAAUACCAAGAAAUGCUCUGUAUCUAAACACUGCUGCAGCAGCUCCUUGUUCUUACCCGGAGACAGCACCUUCCUCGUUCCCACAGUUUGGUAAUUAUCCACAACCACUAGACCAGAGAAGUGUGAGGAACAGGGCAGGAGCAGCUACAGUCUCUCAUGGUCACAACAGUUUCAUUCAAGGAAACUAUGCAGCUCAUCCUUUUCCACCUCCUGCAACAAUCUGGUAUGACCAGCAUUGUAAUGGCAGCAACAGAUCUGAUGGAUCGUCUUCGCAUUGGUCCCAACCACCCUCUGGACCUUAUAUGCAUGGUAACGGUGUUACUGGCUCCAUAGACUCUGGUAAUGUCUACCCUGGGCACAACUAUGUAAGCCAUCAUCCAGUACCUCCUCCUCCCAACGUAUACCAUCACAUGGCUCCAGCCUCAUACGCUGUUCCCGAGACUAUGCAUGAUGCUUCAUACGGUCAUGUGGGGUUUAGAAUAAACCAGCAACAUCCCCAAUAUGAUUUAGCACCUGCAGCGACCCUUAGACACCAUGGACCGCCUCACUUUAGAGGAAUAUCCGCGAACGAAGCUGCGUUAUUGGGGGGAGAAGACUUCUACGAUGAUGUAAAUUAUUUCGAUCAUCAUCAAGACAUGCGGUUGGACAUAGAGGACAUGUCAUAUGAGGAGCUUCUUGCUUUGAGUGACGAGAUUGGAACUGUGAAGACUGGCUUGUCAGAAGAAGAAGUUAAAGACCUUCUGAAAAGAAGAACCUCUUUAUCGACCAGAAUCAACACAGAAGAAGCUCCAUCAACCGAUCGAGAAACCGAUUCUUGCACUAUAUGCCAGGAAAACUACAAGAACAAAGAUAAGAUCGCAACGCUGGAUUGCAAGCACGAGUACCAUGCAGAAUGCUUGAAGAAGUGGUUGGUUAUCAAGAACGUUUGUCCAAUCUGUAAAUCAGAGGCACUGGCAACAGAGAAGAAGAAGAUACGUUUAAGUAGAGGAGAAGAGGUUGUUGCAGAUUCAACCUAA